AUGCAGAGGGUUAAAGAUCAGCAACUUUCAAAAUCUACAAAACCAGCAUCCAUUGUAAUUGCACACCAGAACUUCAUUUCACCACUUCAAGAUUGGAUUCACUUUUAUUGUAAGCUCUUGGAUCCAACCAGCCUUACACAUCUUUUCCCUGUCACCAAGUUCCUUGGAUUGUUAGCUACUGGAACUACAGCUGAUGCGAAGACAUUGGUUCAACAAGCAAGAAAUGAAGCAGUUGACUUUCGUUAUAAUUAUGGCUAUGAGAUGCCUGUUUAUGUAUUAGCAAGAUGGAUUGCUGACAAAUCACAAGUUUAUACUCAACAUGCUUACAUGAGACCACUUGGAGUAGUGGCUAUGGUGUUGGGUAUUGAUGAUGACAAUGGGCCUAAACUCUUCAAAUGUGAUCCAGCAGGCCACUUCUUUGGACAUUAG